ACUUAUUUUAACACUUUCCGGGGCAGAACGGCGAUUUUCGUGAUUUGCGAAAAUCACAAUAUGACACAACGCCUAUUUACGCUAAAAUAUUUUUCAAUUUAUUUGCUAGUACGGACAUAAGCGUGAAGAUUUCAUAGAGUCUAUAUGAAGUCACAUGUUUACUGUCACAACGCAAGCAAUUUCAAUGGUGUACUGUCACAACAGAAGAUUUUUAGCUGCAAACGUGUGGCCUUACACACACAUGUAAACGUUCGCAUAGUAAGCGUGUCGUGCCGCCACGAAGAUAGCCGACGCGCGACUAUAGCGCUGUGGUCGGUCAGUAGCGCAGUGCCACAGUGGGGGGCGAUCGCUUGCGGCCGCGCAGUUUCAGCACGUGGUGUUUGUGGUUAGUAUUUUAUUCAAUUUAUUAUUUUCUUGCUUUUUUGGAGUAAAAUAAUAACAUGCCAAUUAUUUGUGAAAUGUGUUUCAGAGAAUUGAGUGUAUUUUACGAUAAAAAUGACAUAUUUUGUACACCCUAACCUGUAACUAUAAUUAUUAUUAUGUUUUAUUGUAUGUUGUAUAUCUAUUGCAAUCGUGUUAUGUUGCUUCUGGUCUGGCUGUCUGUUACAAUAGGUAUUUUACUUAUAGAUGGCUACUAGAAAGAAGAGGGCACGUCAAAGCGAGAAAUCCAAGACCUUGUUUGGAGCAGAAGAGUCAGGUAGUAGUCAUGAUCCGUUCUCUGACGUUGAAGGUGAAUAUGACUCCGACAAAAAUUUUGAACCACCCGUGGAAUAUUCUAGUGGCAGUGAAGAAAGUAUUUUUGACACACGUCCGCAGAACAUACCCCGAUCUCUGUCAGGAAGUGAGGAAUCCAGUCAAGAAUCUGAUGAAAACUCUGAGAGUGAUGACGGGACAGAAAAUAACUCAGCUGAAACUCAGGAAGAAGGUGAGGAUGCCGACGUAAGCAGCGACCAAGAAAGAAGCUCAAUUCAGGGUGUUAGGGCUAGAUCGCCCGAGCGGGUUUCUGGAGAAGAAGUUACACAUCAAGAAGAAAAUGAGGACCAAAGCAGCAGACCAGAAGAUUCACACGUUUCGGAAGAGGAAAUCAGCCCAAGUCAAGACGAACCGAUUACCGAUCGUCAAUCAAGCGCCAGUCAACCACCAGUGGCCCUAGUUUCUGAUGGAAGAAAUCAAGACUCUGAAGAUUUUCCUUUGCCGCAACCACAGGCACAAGCUGAAGUGAGAGAGCGUGAGAUAGAGGUCAGUAUAGUUCAAGAAGAAAAUAAUGCCGGAAAUCAGCUUAGUGUCAGUAGAGGACACAGACAUUCGGUGAAUCCUGUGCGCCGAGGUACUCCUCCACCAACUGAAAGGAUUUGGGAGGAAAAUGUAUUAGAUAUUCCUUCAUUUGAGUUCAGAUCAGCUGCGGAAGGUCCGACUUUUGAAGUAAAUGAAAAUACCACAUGUGAAGCAGUAUUUAAUGAAAUUUUUACACCAGAGAUGUUAGAAUAUUUAGUUGAAAGAACAAAUUCUUACGGAGAAGCCCUAACAAAUACUAAUCGGCCGCAUACACGCCAUGCGCGAAACUCUGUAUUCCGACCAACAAAUACAGAAGAGAUGAGAAAGUUCCUAGGGCUCAUAUUAUUAAAUGGUCAUAUUCAUGUCCCAAACCAAAGAAAACUUUUCACUUACGAUGAUCCGCUGUACUUCCAUCCCGUAUUUAAUUACACAAUGUCCUGUAGAAGAUACGAACAACUACUGCGGUGCUUAUAUGCAGCUGAUUUGGGUGCAGAUGGAGGUGCAAAAAUUGAAGGAUUCAUCAAUACACUGACACAAAAUUUUCGAAACAAAUUUAACCCUGGAGUAGAUUUGUCUCUUGACGAGUCACUGUUGCUAUAUAGAGGGCGUUUGAUGUUUCGACAAUAUAUAAAGUCAAAAAAGGCGAGAUACGGAAUAAAAUUUUACGUUUUAACGACAUCUGAUGGCUAUGUGUUAAAUAUUAAAAUGUAUACUGGAGCGGAAGAUGCAGAUUCAACUGUGAGAAAAACAGAUAAAUUGGUCCUUCGUUUGAUGCGUCCGUAUGUGCUAAGAGGGCAUAAUCUCUAUAUGGACAACUUCUACAACUCUGUAACGCUUUCAGAGAAGUUAAUAGAUUUACAAACUCAUUCUAAUGGAACCCUGCGAAAGUCUAGGAAAGACAACCCAAAAGACGUCACAGGAAAGAAACUAAAUAAAGGACAACAUGUCUGGGCUAGAAAAGGAAGAGUUUACGUAAGUGCAUGGAAAGAUAAAAGAGAAGUCUGUAUGAUUACAACUUUGGACCACCCAGAACUUAUUGAAGUGACAAACAGAUUUGGUAAAAAGAAAACCAAACCCAUAGAAGUUCAUAGAUACAACCAAAAAAUGGCGGGCAUAGAUCGAGCUGACCAAAUGGUCAGUUAUUAUUCGUCACCAAGAAAGACCAUUCGGUGGUAUAAAAAGGUUCUUUUCCACCUUUUGGACACGGCUGUUUGGAAUUCUUUUUACAUUUUCAAAAACUAUGUGAAGAAAAACACAAAGUACGAGUUCAUAAAAUACAGAGAAGAACUGAUCCGAAAACUGAUUGGAUUGAAUGAAGAAAAAGGAGUCGAUUUAGUACAAAAGUCUCAUAAACACAAUAGCCGACGAUUUGUGGUUCAACCUGAUCCAGUGCCCCAAACACAACCUGAAGAAGCAUCUGCUUCCCCAUCGACUUCCAAUCACGGACAUUGGCCUACACGCAUGAUGCCUUCUUCAGCAUCAAAGAAGAAGUUUGCAUUUUUGUCAUGCAAGCAAUGCUCAAAGAGUAAAAUACGACGAGACACGAGCUAUUACUGUAAAGGAUGUGACAAAUCUCCUGCAUUGUGUCCAUCGUGCUUCGAAGACUGGCACAAAGAUCUCUAAUAUAAUAGAAAUGAUACUUAUAUUUUGUUAUAUCUGAACUUGAUACUGACGUUUUUAAGUUUUUUUUAUUGUUAUGUUUGCUGUGAAGAAGUCACAUUUUUGUUUUCUUAAAAAUAAAUAGAUACUGUAGGUAAAUAGGUAUAAUAACAGGGUAAAUUACUUUUAUUUUAUUGUGAGGAAGAACAAAUUUUAAGUUUUUGUUAAGUUUCGUUUUAUUUUUUUGUACACCCAGUAUCAUAAAGAUUGAUAAAACUGUGAUUUGAUGGAAAAAUAUGUUCCUACUUAGACUAUAAGAUUUAACUGAUUAAAAAGACUUGGAAUAUAAAGACUGUAUCUAAAGUUUGUCAAUUAUAGUUAUUAAGUUGUAAACAAAUUAUAGUAUGUGAUUUAAUUAAA